UGUGAUUGGCUGUCUCACUUGUAGCCUGGCGAAUCCGCGUGCAGGAGAGCAGAUUUUACGUCGGUGUGAUUUUUUUGUGCGCCACGUGGUGUCUCUGACUAUAGGACCUGCUCUGGCCGAAACAGCGAAACAUCUAAAGAGGCUCGCGGACUGAGAGAGACAGAGACAAUCAUGUCGCAGGUGUUGCCUUAUGAGGAAACCAUAAGUCUGUACGGUAACGAUGGAGACGAGGAGCAAAUGUCUCUCACCUGCCGUCUGCACAACAACAACAACAACUUCUUCAGCUCCACACAGAAUAAAAGACCUCCCAAACUCGGACAGAUUGGACGGAGCAAACGAGUCGUCAUAGAAGAUGACAGGCUUGACGAGGUGCUCCAGAACACGGCGGAAAAGUCUCCGGCGAAAGUGUAAAAUAAAGAAACAAAUUUUUUUAAAAAGCAAAGGGGGAAAAAAGUGAGAUUUUUUUUUCCUGUUGGAACGCUCACCUCUGCGUGAAACAGCAUUUCGAGCUGCUCUUCAGUAUGGGUUGAAUUUCACAGCACACGAGGAGAGCAGCACCGACACAGUCCCACACUCCCACACGGAGAACGCUGAUGUCUGACCUAAAGAUUCAUCCUGAGGGCAUGUUUUUGAUCACGUUUUUGUUUUUUCACACGUUUUUUCCUUUAUAUGACUUGAGAUCAGUCUAAUCGUGCUAUUUGCUAAUCCUUAGUGGUAAAGGUACCUUUGUAUUGUGAGAAUGCAUUGAAUUCUUAAUAAGCACAAAUCACAGACUAAUGGUAACUGUUAUAUUUUGUCUUAUGUUUUUUCCUCUCUCUUUCACUCUUUUUCUCAUUCUCUCCCAGCGCACUUUGGUUUACUUUCGUUCUCUGUCUAACAUUUUGCGCGCACACACAACUGUGAACUGUGAAUUUCUCCAGUGAUGUAUUUUUUUUUGUUCACGUUAAAGGAAACUCUUACUAUCUACAUUUUUUUGCAGCACUAAAAGACUGAGCACAUUUUUAUAAACUGAUGACUGAUUUUUUUUUUUUCCAUUAACCUUAUUUAUUUUUUUUUAUUUUUUUGAUGUCGCUAAAUCGUAACCUUUGAACUGCCUGCGCAGCGUAAAGUAAACCGCUAACUUUUGUAUGGAGAAGCAGUUUGUGAAACUUUAAUUGUAGCUGUAAUUCUUAGCACUUUGAGACGUGGUCGCCACUCUGCUGUACAGGAUAUUUACGAUCACAAUUUGUGCCAAAUCUUGCAACGAAAAAAAAUGUGUGCCAGUCGAUCUGUGUCUCUGUGAUCUGCGUACUGUGACAUUUCUGCGGUCCUGGCCGUCCUGUCCUUUUCAGGGCUUUUUUUCUAACCGCUUUUGCAUGAGACAGGCCCAAGUGCCUCCCUGUGUGGCAGUGAAAAUGGUGUACUUUUAGUAACUGUUUGGAAUGACAGACCUCAAAAACUCUUGAAUAUUACAUAUAGUAAAUGUUGCACUUCUUACUGUUUAACAGGGCUACACUGAUCAUGGAAAGUAUGACCAUCAAAAUGUGAACAUUCAAUAAAAAUCAAUACAAAUGA